AUGUACAUCACUCUCUACUACGUAGUCGCGCGCCUCCCUGACUCCCUUCGCGUAGUCAGGGACCACCUUCUCGCAGUCUGUCCCACCACCCUCACCGUCGACGUCCUCGAGAAGGCCCUUCUCGCGGCGGAGAAGAGCAUCGUCGCUGUAGGAGCUUCUCGUGGUGACCCUCCAACCCCCAUCUUUGAAGGGUGCUCUCCUUCCCCCCUCCUGCCCUCUGUUGCCUCUGCUGCUGCUGCCGACCUGCUUGGUCUCGAGUCGGUUGGCGCGGCGUCUGCCCCUAGUGGGAGACGCCGCUCUGGCAGGGGCAAGGGGGGCAAGGGCGCUGGUGGAGCUGGAGGGAACGGUGGAGGUGGCGGUGGAGGCGGCGGAGGGAGUGGGGGUGGCGGCGGGAGUGGUGGCGGGGGUGGUGGUGGUAGUGGUGGCAGCGGCGGAGGAGGCGGCGGUGGUGGCGGCGGCGGUGGUGGUGGCGGCAGUGGUGGCGUUGACGGUGGGGGAGACGGCGGCGGAGGAGGCGGUGGUGGAGGAGGAUCGAUCUUUGAUCUUGAUUUUGAUGCUAUCCUUGCUGCUAUGUAUGCUGUGACUAUUAGUGAGGAGGGUGACUGUUACCGGUGUUUCCCGCCCGACCCGAGCAUUGGUACUGCUGCGCUAGGUGCUUGUGAGGCUCCUGCUCUAGGUGCCAGUGCGUCUGCGCUCUCAGGUGCUGGUGAGACUGCGCUCUCAGGUACUGCGUCGCCUCCGUCCUCCCUCACUUUCACGCUCGACUCCGGGGCUUCUCGCUCCUUCUUUCGAGACCGCACUACCCUCACGCCGCUUGGCCGGCCCGUUGCAGUCUCCCUGGCUGACCCCUCUGGGGGUCCUGUCCUCUCUCACUUCUCCACUGUCCUCCCGUGUCCGGCUGCCCCUUCGGGCACCCUGUCUGGUCUGUACCUUCCCUCGUUCUCUACGAACUUGGUGAGUGGUGCGGGCCUGCAGGAUGCGGGGGUUCACCAGUUCACUCCUGCGAGUCAGCGGGUGACCCACUGCACGGACGCACGCACAGGCCGACACCUGGCCACGUUCUCACGUCGGCCGGGGUCGAGCCUCUACACCCUGACCACUACGUCUCCUCCUGUCCCUGCGUCUGGUCAGGUAGCUGCGUCAGGUCAGGUGUUUGCUGCUGCGUCCCGGUCUGGCCCUGAGUCUGCCCCCUGUUCGUGUCGCCUCCUUUCUCACGAGACUCUCCUGUGGCACCACCGUCUUGGCCACCCCUCCCUGUCCCGUCUUCGGGGCAUGGCUUCCCGUGUCCUUGUCUCAGGUCUUCCCCGGUCUCUCCCUCCCCUUCCUUCGGGACCGGGACCUUCCUGUAUUCCCUGUGUCGAGGGGCGCCUCCGGGCUGCUCCUCACUCCUCCCAGUUCCCCCCGACAGAGGCUCCUCUGCAGACGCUUCACAUGGACGUGUGGGGCCCAGCCCCCGUCCGUGGGAAGGGUCACGAGCGCUACUUUCUGUUGGUGGUUGACGACUACUCGCGUUACACCACAGUCCUCCCCUUGCGCAGCAAGGGUUCUGUCACUGAGGUGCUGAUCGACUGGAUCCGCGAGGCUCGUCACCAGCUCAGGAAGAUCUUCGGCUCGGACUUUCCUGUUCUGCGUCUGCACUCGGACAGAGGCGGAGAGUUCUCCUCGCGCCUUCUGCGAGACUACUGUCGUGCACGGGGGAUCCGCCAGACCUUCACGCUUCCGGACUCUCCACAGCAAAAUGGGAUUGCUGAGCGCCGCAUUGGCAUGGUCAUGGAUGUCGCUCGUACGUCCAUGAUGCAUGCGGCUGCCCCCCAUUUUCUGUGGCCAUUUGCGGUGAGGUACGCGGCGCAUCAGCUCAACCUUCACCCUCGGGUCUCUCGGCCCGCGAUGUCCCCAGUCUUGCUGUGGACGGGGAAGGUUGGCGAUGCGUCGGCGUUCCGUGUCUGGGGAUCUCGGGCGUUUGUCCGCGACUUGUCUACAGACAAGCUGUCCCCUCGUGCUGCUCCCUGUGUCUUCCUUGGCUUCCCCACAGACGCUCCCGGGUGGCAGUUUUACCACCCCUCCUCUCGUCGUGUUCUGUCCUCCCAGGACGUCACGUUUGACGAGUCAGUCCCCUUCUACCGCCUCUUCCCCUACCGCACUCCUUCCCUCCCCCCUCCGCCGGACUUCCUUGUGCCGGUUCCCCCCCCGGUAGACCCCCUCCCCCCUCAGGUUUCUGCCCCCUCAGGUGUGUCCCAGGUAGACGCAGUUGACCCGGUCGAGGUUACUGGUGACUCUGGUGCUGCAGCGGGUGCUGAGCCUGGGGGUGCUGACUCUGGGGGUGCUGGUGCUACUGCGGAGGGUGCUGAGCCUGGGGGUGCUGAGCCGGGGGGUGCUGUGCCUGGAGCUGCUGAGCUAGGGGGUGCUGGGUCUGGGGUUGCUGAGUCUGGAGCUGCUGAGCCUGGGGGUGCUGCGUCUGGAGCUGCUGAGCCUGGGGUUCCUCCUGCUGCAGCGUCUCGCCGGGAGCCCCUCUCUCCACAGGAGCUGCGCGAGUGGUUUGCUCGCCGCUGGAGGCGUACUGCUGGAGUUGGAGCUUCUUCGACCGUCGAAGGUGCUGGUGGUGCCGGUCCCGGAGCUCCUGGGCCUGCGGGUACUACUAGAGCUGGAGCUGCUGAGGGUGUUGGUGCUGAGACUACUGCUGUCUGUCCCGGCGGUGGUUCUACUGCUGGUGCUGCUGGAGGUCCUGCCGCUGGAGGUGUUGGUGGCGCUGGUGCUGUCGCUGAGGGUGCUGGUGCUGUCCCUGCUGAGUCUGGAGCUGCCGCGCGGCCUCGGCCGUACUUCGUUCCGCUCCUACAGCAGGUUCUUGGUCUUUCUCCUCCGGUAGAGUGUCCACAGCCUGUCCAGUCGCUAUCACUUUUGGAGCCUUCCUCUCCACUGCCUGCUCCCUCUCCUUACACUGGUCCUACUGGAGGUCUUGCUGAGCGUCGUGAGCCUGCGUCUCGUCCUGCGUCGCCUGUUCGUGCUGCUCGCACUAGUGGUCGCAGUUCGCGUCAGCGUCCUCCUCCUGUCCCUUGCACGCACCGGAUGUCUCUGCGUCCGUCCAAUGCUCCUCUGCGUGCCCCUUUGCCUUUUCCUCCUGAGUCCUCUCUUCCUGCGCUUGCCGACCCUGAGUCGGACUCCCUUCGUGCUGCCAGUCCUACUGUCACGCGUCUGCUUGCUACUGUCGUCACUGACCCCUCUUUUGAGUCCACUGCUGCGUCUGCUCUUGUCGCUGAGCUUGUCGACUUUGCUGCUCGUUGUCGUCUAGACUACGCUGCUAGUCUUGUUGCUGAGUCUGCGUCUGUCUGUCCUCCAUCCGUCGGGGGUGAGUGUGCUCUUCGGACGGACGUCCUAGAGGACAGGCAGGAGGAGUUACAGUGUCUGGCUGCUGCUUCACCUCAUCUCGCGUCUGUACUGCUUGCUCCUGAGGGAGACCCGGAUGCACUAGACAUCCCGACUCCCGGCUCUUACGCGGAGGCCGUAGAGGGUCCCUACUCGUCUCAGUGGCAGGCAGCUAUGGAUGCAGAGAUGGCUUCCUGGAAGUCCACAGGCACCUACGUUGACGCAGUUCCCCCUCCUGGGGCGAACAUCGUCAGUGGCAUGUGGAUCUUCAGGGUGAAGCGGCCGCCAGGCUCUCCACCUGUCUUCAAGGCACGGUAUGUUGCUCGUGGCUUCAGUCAGCGGCAGGGAGUUGACUACUUUCAGACCUUCUCUCCCACCCCGAGGAUGACCACUCUUUGGGUGCUGCUGCACAUAGCCGCUCAGCGCGACUACGAGCUUCACUCUCUCGACUUCAGCACUGCGUUCCUGCAGGGUAGCCUGCACGAGGAGAUCUGGCUGCGCCGUCCACCUGGCUUCACUGGGAGUUUCCCUCCUGGCACCCAGUGGAGCCUCCGACGGCGAGUCUAUGGUCUCCGCCAGGCACCGCGUGAGUGGCACGACACACUGAGGACUACGCUUGCGACUCUUGGGUUUGCUCCUUCUACUGCUGACCCGUCACUGUUUCUGCGCACCGACACUUCUCUACCGCCGUUCUACAUCCUCGUGUACGUCGACGACUUGGUCUUUGCCACAGCGGACACUGCUGGACUCGCCUGCGUGAAGUCCGAGCUGCAGAAGAGACACACGUGCACAAACCUGGAGCACAUGGCUGCAGCGAAGAGGGUAUUGUGCUACCUGUGCAGUACGUCGGGCAUGGGGCCAGUGCUUGGAGGGCGGAGUCCAGUGGUCCUUACAGGGCACGCGGACGCUUCUUGGGCUGACGACCAGGCUACGCAGCGGUCGUCAUAG